AUGGAUGCACCGAAUCAGUGGAUAGAGGGAAGGGUGGAUGAAGAGACAACUGGACAGAUGAAUGAACGGCUGGCUGAUAUCAACAACCGAAACUAUGUGUCCAGUCUGGGCAGAUAUGAUCGAAAACAGCACAGAAGUUCCGGUCGGCCUGCUAAAGGAACACAAUCAGCGUAUGUUUCUGAAGAAAGUGACACAUCAUAUGAGGCAGUUAAGCAUAGUGCUCAUGCACAUCGUGGCAACAUUAAACAUUUGGGUAUACGAAUAACGGGUGGCAAGAAGCUCCAUAACGGUGACUUAGGGGCCUUCGUAUCAGCGGUGAACAAAGAGAAAGCCUGUGAAACUCUUGGGGAAUUAAAAGAAGGAGAUCAAGUGCUUGAAUGGAACGGGGUUAUUUUGACUGGCAAAACGUUUGAAGAGGUUGAAAGAAUAAUUAGCGGUAGUCAAGGAGAAAUUGAAUUGGUUGUUAAAAGCGGGGGUAAAGAAUAUAUGAACAGCAAUGAGAAAAAACCAAAAUUGAGAACCAUUAACAGCAAUACUUAUGAACCAACAAACAGAAAGAAACGGUCAAAGCAGGAAAGGAUUAGUGAAGAAAUAAAUGGAUAUCUUCGCGAAGCACCACCGAUUCCGGCACAUCGUUGCGUGGACGGUCGUGCAUCACCUUCUUUUGAUAUGUAUCCAUCGUUGAGUAUCCUUUCUGAACCGCUUCCUGCUAAACCAGUGACUAAAACUUACCGGUCAAGUGGUUCUGAUCCACACUCGUUGGGCUACAUCAAUAUUGCUGUUUCCUAUGACUACCGGUCUUCAGCACUUCGCGUAACGGUAUUAUCGGCACGUGGUCUUUCUUAUAGGCAGCACAGUAGCAAAACAUUUUAUCCAAACCCAUUUGUUAAAAUAUAUUUAUUGCCUGGUCGAGAGGUUUGUAACAAACGGCGUACCAAGUUUGUUUCAAAUACCGCUGAUCCAGUAUGGAAUCAGAUUGUAGAAUAUAAUAUACCGCUUCGUGAUCUUCGUAGUCAUUAUUUAGAAUUUACUGUAUGGGAUUACGAUAAAUUAAAUGAAAGUAAUUCGUUGGGCCAAGUCAUUAUAAGUCUUUCAGAGCCUAGUCUUCUUGAUGGAAAAGCACGUUGGUAUCCAUUACAGUCGAUGCACAAUAAUUUUGCUGUAACCGGUUUACCAAGCAGUCAUUUUCAAAAUGUUAUCGGCAACUAUACGGAUGGCUGUAUGCAAAAUAAUUAUAAUCCUGGUAAAUUUUUUAUCAUUUCUUUUUCCUCGUCAUUUAGUGAAAACAGUUGA